GGUCACAAUGACGACAAAAGAGACACAAGAGGCAUUUCAAUGGACGAAUGUCUGGAAUCAAUGGUUUGCAACAAUUGCAGCUAAUCUAGUGAUGCUUGGUCAUGGGUGUAUAAUGGGCUGGGUUUCACCUGCCAUACCGAGACUAACGUCGGAUCAUACUCCACUUUCGUCUGGCCCGUUGAGCAAUGAACAGGUGUCAUGGAUCGGAUCAAUAAAUUGCAUUGGGGCUUUGAUAGGCGCGUUAUCAUUCGGAUACAUUACAAAUCUCAUGGGCUCAAAACGAUCCAUACUGUUCUUGACAUUACCUUCAAUUGUAUUUUGGCUGCUCAUUGAAUUUGGAAAUACAUACUAUCACAUUCUCAUUGCGAGAUUUGUGGGUGGUUGGGCUGGAGGUGGAAUGCAAACGUCUCUCAUCUUGUAUGUCUCUGAGAUUGCUAACGAUAACAUCCGUGGCCGCCUUGGAGGUCUACUAUUAUUCUUGCGAAACAUUGGUGUUUUGAUUGCAUACAUUUUAGGAGCUGUCGUUGAUUACGAAUACAUUCCGUACGUUUGUGUUGUGAUUCCAUUCGGAUUUGUUAUCAUUUUUGCAACAUUGCCAAAUACGCCGCAAUUUUAUAUUGCCAAAGGAGAUAUGAAUAAAGCAGAAUAUUCAGUGAAAUGUUACAAAGGUUAUCAAGGCGAAAGUCGCGCGGAAGACGAUGCCUUAUACAAAGAAUACGAAAAGCUGAAAACGAUGGCAAAUGAAAGUAAAACAGAGGAAAAACUUCAACUAUCUGACUUUUGUAAUUGUUUAAACUUAAAGUUACAAAUUUUAUCCAUUUAUCCACUUUACCAAGUGUUCCAAUGGUAUCGGAAUCGUGCUGACAAUUCACAAAUUACGGCCGCUUUCACUAUUAUCAGUUAUGCAGUCACGGUGUUUGAAAAAGCUGGCACAUCAAUUAAUCCAUACGCAUCAUCGAUAGUAUUGGCAGUAGCACUUAUCCUUGGCUCGUUGGCCACAACCUAUUUAGCCGAUCGACUUGGUCGCAAAUUGUUGAAUUUAAUCUCACUGAUGGGUUCGGCUAUCGGCUUGUUUGCAACAUCACUCUACCAUUAUCUCUAUAUGAAUGGCAUUGAUCUGUCCGCCUUGGCUUGGAUGCCAGUAAUCAACAUAUCAUUGGUUAUCUUCAUAUCAUCGGCUGGAAUUAUGCCGUUGACUUUCAUUUGUUCGGUUGAGAAUUUGCCGAAAAAGAUUCGUACUUUUGGAAUGGCAAUAAUUAGUUUCUCUAUCAGUGUCGUUGCAUUCGCAUCAGUGAAAUUUUUUCCAAUCCUAGUGGAAGAGCUCAAUCUGUACGGAUGCCUAAUGAUCUAUGGAAUUGGUUCACUCGUUGGAUUUGUAUUUAUUCUAUUAUUCUUAGACGAUACCAGUGGCAAAUCACUGGAUAAUGUGGGUGCAAAAGAAAAAACCGACAUUGCAUGUAAUUAUGUAUAGAAUCCUCUAAAUUUCAAUGGUCUGAAUCUUUAAUGCUUUUCCAGUGGAAGAUGAAAAAUAUAAAUAUACUUACAUUCGACUUAGGAACGAGACAGAAACUGCAUUUAUGUAAAUAUAUAAAUCUAAUCAAUAGUAGUGUAUUGGAA